UUGCAGAAGAGCCGAACCACUACGAAAUACAGCACGUGUCUAGACGCGUCAGGGCUUUCCGCGGUCAAAAUCCUGUUGCGUCAUCACUUGCCUGCCUCUGCAGCCGGUGCCGCCGCUGUCAGUUCGGAGAAACGUGCACUGCAGCCGUGCUGCCCGUUCCUUGCGUAGGGCGGAAGAGUGGCGCACCCGUUUUUAUAUAGAGGUGCGUAUGCAAUAGUUCAUGCACAUCUCUUACACCCCCAGGACGGCUUCAAAACGCAUCUUCACUGUAUCUGCCCAACGCGUGAAAACGAGUCACCAUGGUAACCGGGAACGGUGGCUGCGACCGGGACGCCGCCCCUGGGACGAUCAACUACGAAGCCGACCCCGUCGUGGUGGACGGCGUCGUCUUCCUGCCACUAAGCGAUGUCCGGCUUGCGCGUGAAGCCCUGAGCUACGAGCCCAGGCCAGGUGACGUCAUCCUGGCCACUUUUCCCAAGAGCGGCACUACGUGGUGCCAGUACCUGAUCUGGGGCAUCCACAACCUCGGGGCAGUCAAGGAUGGAUCUAUGCCGCCGGUGCAGGACGUGCUUACGCAGCACUUUCCCUACAUUGACCUGCUGGGCACGUCGUCCACGGUGGCCGACCGGCCUCCUCCGCGCUUCAUCAAGACCCACCUGCCCGCCGAACGGGUGCACCGGCCGAGCGGAAGCGGCGUCAAGUACGUGGUGUGCCUGCGCAACCCGUUUGACGUGGCCGUGUCCUUCUUCCACAUGCGCCUGGGCCGGCGCGGCCUGACGCGCCUGCCGCCCGACUACGGCUUCGACCACUUCCUCGACGAGUUCCUCAGCGGAGGACUCGUCGGCGGAGACCCCUUCGGCCACGCGCGCGCCUGGCACGACCGGAGCAAGGUCCAUGACAAUGUCCUUGUCGUCUACUACGAGGUCCUCAAGGAAGAGCCCGGAAAGGUCGUACUGGACCUCGCAAAGUUCCUGAGCCCUGAUGCUGCCGCGAGGCUAUCGGCCGAACCGGGACUCCUGGAGCGACUCCUAGAGCAGACGUCGCUCAAGCGGCUCCGGGACCUGACAGGUGCGGAGAAUUUCGCCGAGGGUGACUUCUCGCGCCAGCACCCGACAGCUGCGCUCUUUCGCAAGGGGAUCGUCGGCGACUGGCGGUCCCACUUCAGCCGGGACCAGGAACGCCGCUUCAGGGAAGCGUACGACCGGGCACUCGCGGGCACCGAGAUGCACGAUUUCUGGACUGAACACGUCAAGUCGAGUAGUAGUAGAGGUUGA